UCAUUAUAAAGAUCAAAAACUCAAAAACUACAGUCAAAAUUAUGUACCUAUAGCAAAACAUAGUUUAACCAUUUAAUUAAAACGUUAAAAACAAUAUCAAUUUGUAUAUACUAUAUAGGUACCUACAAAGUUCAAUUAGAACCACAACAAAAGCGCUAUUGGAUAAUUUAUUUUUGGAUAAAAUCAAAUCACACAUAUUGAAUAACAAAUGAGUGAGAGGGGCGGGCGACGCGGCGCGGGCGCACCGUUCUACGCGCCUCCGCGAAGGAAAACCUCAGCUGAAAUCAUCAGCGAGGCCAGGGCUGCCUUAUACGGAGAGAUGAGCAGCGCGUCAUCGGGCACGGGCGGCGCGCUCCGUCCGCUGCGCACGCGCCGCCCCUUCACCCCGCGGGAGCCCCAGCGCACGCUCUUCAGCGACAGGUCUCGGAAGAAGGACCCCAGGCCGCCCAGCUCUUUUGAUCUCAAAUACCUAAGCUUGUCUGACACCAGCGUGGACGUGUCUUCAGUGCUUGGCGCGCACAUAUCUACCCUAGAGGAGGACAGCUUCUAUGGGGCCCUCGCCGAGCCACAGAACAACGUCAAGAAGAAACCAGUCGUAAGUCACCGGCCGGUGCGACCCCAGGACCGCACAGUGGAGGGCUGGUCUGGCUUCCCGAAGCUGCCGCACCUCAGUGGACGCAGCAAGCCCUUGCAUAGGCGGAACACCACGGGGCAAUCGCCUGAAGAAAGCAAGAUAAAGGAUCUCUCUCAAGCUCUAACAGUAUCGCGUCCAUUAGGCUGCGCAGGCGGCGACAGCGCAGCCGCACAGUGUGGCUACGGCACUAAAUCCCUCAGUCCUGACCCUCCGUGUCGAAGGCGGAUGUACGCGACGUCCAAGUCGCUCACAUACGAUGUGGCCACGUUUGACGAACUUGGCUCCAUCCCAGUCAAACAUCUUGAGGUCCAGCUGCCUGUCACUUCCAGCGACUAUGAUAGCAUGAGCACGCUGGAACUGGGCGAGGCUCUGUCGCAGCGCCCCGGCGACAGCGAGCGCACGCUCCACCUCCUCGAGAAGCUGCAGACUCGCAUUGAGCAGGCGGCUCCGAGCGGCAGCUUGCGGGAGCUGGUGCUGAGAGCGCUGUACACGCAUGUCGACAGUGACAAUGAGGCCGUGCUUGUUUCCAUCGCUCGGGCUAUGCUUACGAUGCGUGUAACUGGGACGCAUCUAGCUGCUGCAUGCAAACUUGUGUUCAAAAUUGCAAGAAACGACAAAAAUGACCAUUUCUUUAGGAGUACUAAUCUACUUGAGCUGGUGGUAGAAGGCUGCGGGCGCGCAGAUCCAGUGGCGGAGAGCGAGUGUUGCGUAUACGGCGCCGGCGCGCUGCGCUUUCUGGCGCUCGAACCGCAGCUGUGUGCGCUGGCGCACCGCGCCGGCGCGCUACACCUUGUCGCGCUGCAUCUCAAGAUAUUGAACAACGCGAAAGCAGAGAACCCACGUCUCGUGUCGGAGCAGUCAACCCACGCACUGUACCAGCUGACAGGAGCGCUUCGGAACCUGGCGAGCGCGGGCGAGCGCGAGCGAGCGGCGUUCGUGUCGAGCGGCGCGCUCGGCGAGCUGCUCGCCGCGCUGUUGCACCACACCGACCGAGACGUGCUCACCAAUGUCGCAAGAUGUCUCAGUGUGCUAUCAGCGGACGAGUCGUGUUGCAUGUGGCUGUGCGCGUGGCCGGAGAGCGCGCGCGCGCUGUUCCGCGCGCUGGCGGCGUGUGCGGCGCGCGCUCCGCUCGCCGUGCGGCUCGCCUACACGCUCGGCAACAUGGCCGCUGCCAGCGAACAGGCCAGAAUUAAUAUUUACAACGAAGAUGGCGGAGUAGACGUUCUGCUUACAAUACUGGAAUCAUACACGACAAGGAACCAAGAGUCCAGGGACCAUGAGCCUGAUUCCGAUCCAGAUCUACAUCUCGUCGGUACAGAUCUAGGUGGAUCAGAUGGAUCAAACGAAGAUGUUUUGAUAAAGACAGUCCGAGUGGUGGCCAACUUGUGCUUGGCGGAGCGCGCCGGCCGCAGUCUGGCUGAGAACCACGCCGAGAGGACCAUACGGGCUCUCCUGGCCUGUCUCGAGCUGGCUGAGAAGCAACCCUUCGAUACUGUAGUGAUAGACUUGGAAGAUGAUAAAGAAGAUCGCAGUAGCAGCUUAGAGCGGCGUUCGGAGCUCGCGACGGCUGCGCUUGCGACACUCAACAACGUGACGUUCUACCGCGAGCCUCCAGACCCUCUCGAUGAGUUGCUGCACAGCGUAUGUAGAGCAACCUGCCGGUGGUUGAACGGUGAAGGUAUAGCGGCAUGCGAAGCAGUCCGCGCGCUGGGUAACCUGUCGCGGUCGCCGAGCACCGCGCAGCUCAUCGUUCUCGAGGGCGUUCUGCCCUCACUGGUGCCUUUUUUACACCAUGACGACCCCAGUGUGCGUUGCGCCGCCGCGGGCGUGCUGGUGAACGUGUGUGGCGCGGGCGCUGAGUGCGCGGCGGCGAGCGCAGUGGCGGCGCGCGCGCUGGCCGCCGCCGCGAGCGAGCGAGACGCAAGCGCGGCCGCGCUGCUCGCACGCGCGCUCUGGAACGCGCACGCGCACGUGCCGCUCACAGCCACGCUCGCGCACGAGACGUCCGUCGCGCUCGUUGAAUUUAUUGAUGACGAAUCAGUUUUCGCGGCGUGUGAGGCUUCUCGUAGCGGGAACAGACGGGCUAGUGACCCGGCAAUAGUUAAGAAUCGAGUGAAAUUCGACAUCGGUAACAACAACUAUUCAGAAAACGACAAUUACUGCUCUCGUCCGCCCUUUAGCAAAGCGUACAGCGUCGACCCCAUACUGCAUCACGACGACCUCCCUGAUGGGGAGGAACACGAGCUAUCAGGGGAAGACUUGGGUUUCGAGGAGGGAGACGUGGGGGGAGAGGAGUGCGAUUGCUUGCCUUGCAGGAGGCUGGCGGAGUGGGAGGAGCUAGUCGGUGUUGCCAUACCACUGCUGGAGAAACUGCGGCCGCCCCGAGCUGACGCGUCAGUUGGGACUGAUUGAACUAUCCCACAAUAUCAAAUUUGGGAAUAAAUAUCAGUAUAGAAUAAUAGAUAAUAAAAACAAAUUACAUUUAUUAGCUAACUUAAAUGUUAACAAUACCUCCUGUAUUGUGUCAUGUCUAUCAUGAAACAUUAAAGCGUAGCACGUCAUUGCGUCCAGACAUUCUCUUUUUUUACACGAUGUCUAGACGAUAUAGGAAAAAGAGACAGCAUGUGGACGUUAGUAAAGUGUUUUUAUGUUUCGUAGUAGGCCUGCAGGUUGGUUGGACCUUUUAAACAAAAAUAUGCCUGAGACAAGAGGCUCCGCUCUUACCAUAAAAUUGGUUACUUGACUGGGUAUAAAAUAAAAUAAAACAUUUAAACAACCAAAUAUAAUAAUUAAAGGUCACUUUGAUUGAUCAGUUUUAUUAAUUACGAGUUAUACUUUUUGACUCCAAAAUCCGUGACGCGUCAGAUAUACAAAGCUCCAUAUAAAAUUUUAUUUUUGACUUUAGAAUAAAGUCCCUGAUUUGACUAGUUGGAAAGCAGCCUUUGACUAUGUGUUUACCUAACAAUAAUUAGGAAAGGUCCAGUCGUUGUGGUCCAAUAAAUAAAUAAUUAUGAAAAUAGGCAUCUAAUAAUUAUGAAAAUAGGCAUAUGCCUGCCUAUUAUGUUAGUCCUCUGUACUGUAGAAUAUAUUAUAUAGAUUUAUAUACCAUAUACAAAAACCUUUGAUAAAUCGAAGUUAAAAAGAUAUGAAUUUAUCAUAAGUUCAUCUUAUUUGAUGUUUAUUUAGUCUUGCUUGCUAAUCAGCGACCAACGAAACGUAUUGAUUGAAUAUAGCCUAAUCAUGGUAACUACUUAAUACUUUUUUUUUUUUUACAAAUAAUUUUGCCGGGUUAUCUGUAUAGUUGAAUAGGUACAUGUAUGUAGAGAAAAACUAUAGAUCAUUUUAAUAAACAUCAAUUAUAGUCUUACUGGUAAAUAAAUAAAAACAUUUAGACAUGUA